UCCUCGCGCGCCGCACGUCGCGCAUCCCCUGGCUUGCCUGCGGCUGGAGAGAGGAGCCCAUCCAACCCUAGCUCCCGAUCCACAUCUGACGCACUCCUCCCUCCUUCUCCCUCUCACGACCGUCGCACCCAUUCCUCUCUUCCGCCUCCCUCUUCCUUCACAGAUCCCUACCACCGCCACACCCACUCGUCUCCUCCUCUCUCUUCUAGCUUCCUCCCCCUUCCUGAUCUCUGCGUCGGCCGUCGCGCGAGAGGAGCAGCGGUGGCGGAGACGCUCAGGUGGCGGCGUCGAGCUGCGAAGCGGCGGCGCUCGGGCGCGAGACGACAGAAGCGGGAGCGGCUACUCCAGGCCCCGAUCUGGGGGUUCGGUUCCAGGGCGCUGACAGCUUCUCCCUCUACGACGCCGGGGGCGAGCUGGGGUUCGUCGUCACCACGGCCGACCACCUCCCGUCGCUAGGGUGCAUGACGGCGGUCGGGUCGGGCCGGGACAGAACCGCAGGAGGCCAUGAAGGGCACGACGGCUGCUGGCAGAAGCAGCAGGGUUUGAAGGAGUGGCAGAUGUGGGCGGGGUCGGCGGUUGGGGCAGGCUCGCCGUCUGGGCAACAGCGAGCGCCGGUGAGCGCAACGAAAGGAAGCCAAUCGUCGGCGUACGUCAAUGAUUCGGGCGCCUGCGGCAUGUAUCUUGGUGAAUGUACAGAGCUAAUGUUCAAUUCAUUUUCUCAGGAAUAUCUGAUCUGCGCCAUGACAAUAUGGCCUUGCUGCAGCCAUGCGGUUCUUCGGAGUAUGGUGCUUCGAUUUGGUUCCUGUGGUGAGCGUAUCUGGAGAGGUCGCAAGCAGCAGGGGUCAGCGGAGCGGCUGCUGCGGUCGACAGAGCAGCAGGAGCAAGGAGCUCGAGACGGUUCAGGAGCUGGUGUUAUGUUCUACCUGAUCGAUUUUUAGCAGACUUGGUGAGCUUGCUCCCUCUUUGUUCUCUUCGUCAAGGUUUGUCUCUUCCCUUUACUCACUGAUUACUGUAUCUUUGGUGUUUCUCCUGUCUCCUAUCAUAGCGCUUCGCUUAUUGUUCUCUUUGUUCAGCAGUUCUCUGGCCUCCAGCCAGGCUUUGGCCUCAGCAGCUUUUCAAAAAACCCCGAAAGAAACUACUCUUUUUUACAGAUAUAUGAUAUGCAGCAGUUCAGGGCCUUAUUUAUAAAUCUGAAAUUACUCCCAAGAGAAAAUUACUGAGGAUUAGAUCAUCUUUCUGUAUAUCCAUAUAGCAUCUUUCCUGCUUGAUUACCAAGUAAAGAUUUGGAAGUUUACAAUGAUCCAACCUUGACAACACUACACGGACAUGACUCGGAAGCAUCAAUUGACUGGAAGAAACAUUGUCUGCAAGUGCCGUCAUUCACAUAGAUUACAGGAACAUGGCUGAUGUUUUGUGUACAAAAUUUAAUUUGAACUGUACUGUUAUGAGUCCAGCUGGUUACCCAUGGGGUUGAUACAGUCUUUUCUUGUUGUUUACUAGCACUAGCUUUUUCACAGGUCAGUUAUUGGAAGGGAAAAUUGCAGGCCAAGAUCCAUAAAUAGGAGAAAGAAAUCACACCCAAGCUGAUAAGAAAGCUUAUGAAGACAAUGGGAGAAAUCACUUCACUCUAUUCUGCUCCAAAGCAAAAACAAAUUUGGGGGAUCCAUGUUGCAGUGUGUUGUAAUUUACUGCCAUUUCAGAGACAGGCCAGUGCUGUUACCAGCCCAGCGUUUGCUUUUAUAUUAUUGAAUCGUGACUCAGUCAUAUAUGUUUAUAUUCAUGUUGUGAAAGCCAUCUUGAAAAUAGGCAAGAUUCUAUUGCCAACAAGUUGCUUCCUUAUAUAUUACCGGAAUAUGAAUACAUCAUGUAUAUUUAUAUUCAUGUUGUCAAGCUGUGGUUUAACAAAAGGGAGAAAUUCCCACAAAGUUAUUUCUUUGCACUACUAAUAAAAAUAACAAUGUAUCUUUUUGUGUAAAACAAAAAAAACAUCCUUAUGUAUAGUGAAAUCUUAUAUAAUGCUUAUAUGUAUGAAACCAGUGAAGUCUGCAUUAAAAAAAAAUUAGUGCGUUGAAUUGUAUGCCUCAUUAGUUUCCACCUAACAUAGCACUACAUAUCAAAGCUACAUUUCCUUAAAAUUUAAUUACUAAAAGACCCUCAGUAUUGCUAAAUUGACAAGCAUUUUCAAAUAAUUCUUUGUUUGAAAUGGGACCUUGCGCCAUUUGGCGCAAUAGGUAAAUUUGUUAUCAAGAAGCCUCCAUUCUUUUUAUUAUAUUAUUAUUAAAAACGUGUAUGUACAACUUAUUGUAGGCAACAGGACUCCAUUCUUUUUUUAUUGAGAGGGGGGUGGGUAAAUUUAUUAUCAUAUGUGCUUGCCCACAAGGCCACAACUAAACCAACUAAUACAUGUUUUUUUUCAAUGCACACAUGAAUUCAACGGGUCUCUGUGCUUAGCGGUCGUUAGAUCUUGGUCAAUCCAGUCUUGUGUAUUUUUCGUAUGGGGCGUUGGAUGUUCGCUGUUCAUUUUGCUGCUCGAUUUUGAUCGCAUGGUAAUUUGUAUGGCCAAUGACCGGUGCGCUCUUGCAGCAUGAAUGUUAGCUGGGUCAACUGAUUCUAGGUGCGGGCGCGCCCUCUCCCUGGGCGUCGCGUGCACAUCGCGCUGUCUGCAGGAGCGUGCGGCAGGCCAGGUCGGCCCGGGGUAGAACCGCAGGAGGCCAUGAAGGGCACGACGGCUGCGAGCGGAAAAAAUAGGGUUUGAAGGCGCCAACUGGAUAAAGAAUGUACCUUUCACUUUCUUAUAGUCUGUUGGUGGCGCUGCCAGUUUGAUUUUUUGUUUAGAACGACAAACAAGACAGAAGACGUGCGUGGCUUCUUUAGCUGUACAUGUUGCUGUAUUUGCAUCUUUAGCACCAUCUCUUUCCAUAAAUAUUGGGAUGGUUCAGGGUUGAAAGAUUAUU